AUGGAGCCUGGAAAGGUGGUGAGCACAGGACCUGCUGUGGGCCAGGCAGUUCUGUGCCCUCGAGGGGCUCACACUGUCUCUCCCGUCCCACCUGCCACACUGAUUGUGGUGGUGGAAGUGGAGCCGGGUCAAGGGUCGGGCCUCAAGGAGAUCCACGGCCCCACACUUCUUUUGGAGGGAUCCAAGAGCCUUCGCCUACUUCAGCCGGGCACUCCGGAGCCUCAGGUAGAUGGUGUGGGACGAGAGCAGGCUGUAACAGGUCACCUGACAGAGGGAUGUGCCUGUGUGUUCCUACAGGAAGCCGAGCUGGAGCUAUUGACACAAAUCCAGCCAAUGUUGGCCUCCGUGGGACAAGGAUACAGUACAGCUCUGCUGCUCCAGGGCCGGGAAACAGAGGCACCCCGGUUUGUGCCUCAGGUCCUGAAGAUGCUGUUUGAGGAAGCUCCGCCUCUCUGCAGCUCUGGUCCUGUGCUUUGUACUCUCAGCCUGGUGCAGAUUAGCCCCAGCGGGCAGACUCGGGACCUGCUCACCCCAUGUCUGGAGGACCUGCCGGUACUGGAUGUGGCCCCUCUGGGCUUGGUGGUGAAAGAUGCCAGUGAAGUGGAGGUAUCUGAUGCCCGAGCUGCCUCUGAGCUCUACCUGAAGGCUGCUGGGAGUGACGGCAGAGACUGCCCCCUGCUGCGCGUGCUGGCUGGUGAGGCUGGGGAGGAGGUGGAGGGCUCUCUGCCCUGGAUUGUCUCCUGGCUCCUGGAGGGAAACACCUACAGUAGCGUCCUUCUUCGUCCGGACCCGCAAGGGAGCUGUCUGAGUUUGCUUCAGGCUGCUCUGUCGGGGGCCUCAGAAAAGAGGGUACAGGUGAAAGAGGUGAGGCCCACCCUGUGGAAUGCAGUAGAGGAGAUGAGGGCCCGUAGGGCCACCCUGAAGACUCUGCGUUUAGGCCUCCUUGGAGACACCUUGACAGAUGGUGGGUUGAACCAACUAAGAAGGACACUCUGGGAGCUACAGGUGAUAAAAGCCCGGGGCCCAAGAAGCCAUGCACCCAAAGGGGCUAGAGCUGAGGCUGUGGGGCUCCCAGAGCCACAGGUUAAAGGCAAGCCACCGACCUACAGCGCGCAGGGAAGACAUUUCACUCAUUUGUCAGAGGCAGGAAGAAGAGAAUUUCUAGGGUCUGGGCUCCACCAAAAACAUGCUCUCAGGCACUCUGAGGAACAGGCCCAUCAGGCCCCAGAUGUGGCUCUGCAGUUUUCUCUGGCCCAGGCUCGGAGGCAGAGACUUCGAGAGGAACACCAGAUUUGGAUCCAGGAAGAGCUGAAACAUCUGGAACAUCAGGAUGAAGCUCGUGAGGAGAGAGAGAGACCAUGGAAGGAGCAGAUACUGCUGAGAUUUCAGGUGGAAGCCCUGCAGGCAGAACGGGACAUGGCAGAGCACGACCUGGUCACCCUCCAUGACCUGUAUGUGCAGGCCACCCGAGCUCGGACAUGCCACUUGCUGCAGGUAUUCCAAGCCUGGCAGAGGCUGUGGGAGGAGAAGGCCGUGGCCACAGAACACCAUCACCGCAGUCUGCUGGCCGGAGUCCUCCGAGACUCCAUUGAUCUGGCCCUGAAGACCCAGGAGCUCCAGGCCAGGAACCAGCAGCUUGAGCAGAGUGCAGGCAGGGCCAGUAGUGCUGGAGUCCUGCCCGGAGAGGAACCUGAUCAGGACCACCAUGGGGCUGCCUUCCUAUGUCCUCAUUCAUGAGGACCCCCAAAAGAAGAGCAAGGUGGGGCACAUCAACCAAGAUGGCCUUCACUACAGAUCCUUACCACCACCACUGACCAUGUCUCCCUGUACCAAUCUCUGCGAAGCACCCAGUACCUAUUAUUUCAUUUUGCGUUUUCAGCUCCCCUGUGUUUGUACCAUUUGACGCUCAUUUCAGAGAUAACCCGCCCUAGUAACUGCCCAAGGACAAUGAACUAAAUAGAAAAGGAAGAGUUUUCUUCCUCCUUUUCCUCCUG